AUCUCGAAAGGGAAGAAAAAUGUAUACGUUUCGGUUUGUUGGGGGAUUUCUCAUCCUUCUUCUUGUAAAGAAACUCUUCGACAAAAGAACUGCUUCUUCUGCAAAGGGAAAGAACGAAGCAUCAUCAUCAUCAUCAUCUGCCACACAAGAGCAGGAUUCCUCUUCUUUAGAGUUCCCCUCUUCUGGGUGGGGUUACGAGGUGUUCUUGAGCUUUAGAGGUGAAGACACUCGAACCAACUUCACAGACCACCUCUACAACGCUCUACUCAAUCUUGGAAUCCACACGUUCAGAGACAAUGAAAAACUCCGAAUUGGAGAAAAGAUAAGUCCGGCACUUCGCGCUGCGAUCCACCAGUCCAAAAUUGCCAUACCCAUCUUCUCAGAAAACUAUGCUUCCAGCAAAUGGUGUCUUCAUGAGCUUGCCGAGAUCGUGGCGUGCAGGGAACUGAGGGGCGUACGACAAAUAACUGUGAUGCCCACUUUCUAUCAUGUAGAUCCAUCGGAUGUUCGAAACCAGACUGGAAGCUAUGAGAAGGCUUUUCGAAACUAUGAGAAGAAAUUCGAUCAGGAGACUGUAAAGGGGUGGAAGAAAGCUCUGAGAGAAGUUGGUGAAUUGAAAGGAUGGGAUCUGGAGAAGAUUGCUGAUGGGCAUGAAGGGAAGUUAAUAAAGUUAAUUGUUAAAGAGGUUUGGAAUGAAUUGAGAAAGAGCCCCUUGACUGUUUCUAACAACUUGGUUGGAAUCAAUUCUCAUGUAGAAGAAAUGAUGAAGUUGCUAAACAUUGGCUCUAUUGAUACACAGAUUGUGGGUAUCCAUGGCUUAGGUGGCAUUGGUAAGACAACAAUUGCCAGGUGUGUUUACAAUACAAUCUAUCAUCACUUUGAAGGAUGUAGCUUUAUAGCAAAUGCUCGAGAAACUUUCCAACAAAGGGGACUUGUCCAUUUGCAAAGUCAACUUGUCAUGAAUAUCUUGAACAUAGGGAAUCCAAACAUUUCUAGUGUUGAUCAAGGAAUUGAUGUGAUAAGGCGAAGAUUAUCUAAUAAGAAAGUUCUUAUUGUUCUUGAUGAUGUAGAUGGAAAUAUUGAUUUAAAUGCAAUAAUCGGGAACCAUGAUUGGUUUGGUUUUGGAAGUAGGAUUAUUAUUACAACCAGGGACAAGCAUAUCUUAGAUGUUCAUGCAGUAGAUGAAACCUACGAGCCCAAUGAAAUGAAUUCAAACCAAUCUCUUCAACUUUUCAUCAAACAUGCCUUCAAAAUGGACCAACCUUCAGAACAUUAUUUGAAGCUCUCAAAAGAAGUGGUGAAAACUACUGGAGGACUUCCUUUGGCACUUGAGGUUAUAGGUUCAUUUUUAUUUCACAGAGGAGAAUCAGCAUGGAAAGACACGGUGAAGAAGUUGACAAAAAUUCCAAAUGAUGAAGUGCAAAAGAAGUUGAGAAUAAGUUAUGAUGGAUUAAAUUAUGAGGAGAAAGAGAUGUUUCUUGAUAUUGCUUGUUUUUUCAUUGGAAUGAAUAAGAAUAUUGUGUGUUACAUAUGGCAUGGCUGUGAUUUUUUCCCUGAAGCAGGAAUUGAGGAUCUUCUCCUAAAGUCAUUGGUUAAGAUCGAUGAAAACAAUGAGUUAAGGAUGCAUGAUCAACUUCAAGAUCUCGGAAGGGAAAUUGUUCGUCAAGAAAACUUUAAGGAGCUUGGGGAACGUAGUAGGUUGUGGUCGCAUGAGGAGGCAUUGGAAGUAUUGAGUACUCAAAUGGGAACUAGGAAAGUUGAAGGACUCCGUAUUGUCUUAAACUCCUGGGGAAAUAGCCAAUGUUUGAUGAGUGAAGGAUUUGCUGCAAUGACUAAACUAAGGUUACUUCAUGUCGAUUAUGCCAAGGUUGCUGGAAACUUUGUGCAUUCUUUUUCAGAACUUAGAUGGCUUAGUUGGAAAAGAUGCCCUAUAGAAUUCACACCAACCAAUCCAAGGAAAUUGGCUGUUCUUGAUCUGUCAUAUAGUGACAUCACAGAAAGCUGGAUGGGUUGGAACCAUAUCAAGGUGGCAGAAACUCUAAAAGUUCUAAACCUCAGUGGGUGUAAUGAACUAUCCCAAACUCCUGACUUUUCAGCAAAUCUACAUUUGGAGGUAUUGAUUCUUGAAGACUGUAAACAAUUGGCUACAAUUGACACAUCUAUCGGUCAUCUUAAGAAGUUAGUCAUAUUGAACACGAAGGGUUGCCAGAGUCUAACGUAUCUCCCAACCAGCAUUUGUGAGUUGAGUUCUCUCAAAACACUUGACAUUAGUCAUACAAGAAUCAGCCAGUUGCCAGAAACAUUGGGCCGCUUGGAGGCCUUAACAGGGCUUCACGCUGACUAUUCUGAAGUACGGCUGCCUAAUUCAAUAGGUCAUCUGAGAAACCUCAAGACCUUAAGUGCUCAAUAUUGUAAUAUCCAGCAAGGAGGGAUUCUUGAUGUUAUUGGGAGACUAUCCUCAUUGGAACUCUUGAGGUUAGGGGGAAACCGAUUUCAUAGCCUACCAGCAACAGUUUCUAGACUUUCUUUGCUCCAAACACUUUCUUUAGCGCCGUGUACGGAACUUCAAUCACUCCCAGAGCUUCCUUCUAGUUUGAAAUCUUUAGAUGCUUCGAGUUGUGCAUUGAAAUCACUCCCAAGUCUGUCAAAUCUGACAAAUUUAGAGGUAUUGUGCCUUAAUAACUGUGAGAAUCUGAUGGAGAUACCAACUGCAAUCAAUGCUCUUACAAGGCUGGAGUCACUCAGUUUAAUAGGAUGCGAUAAUCUUCAAUACAUCCAACAUCUUCCCUCAGGUCUGACAAGCUUAAAUGCUGAUUACUGUGGAAAUGUGAGAGAAGUAUCCGCUUUCUUGGACAUGAGAAAUUUAGUGAAAUUAUGUCUUAGUCAUUGCUCUAGGCUAGCAAAAAUUGAAAGCCUUGAGGGAUUAGAUUCCCUGCAGCAGUUGAACAUAAAUUACUGUGGAUCAUUGAGAAAAUUGCCAAAACUUCGGGGUUCGAAAAAAUUGAGCUACUUAGAGUUUGGGAAUGUAGGCUUAUCUGAGAUUGAAGGCCUUGAGGGAAUGUACUCCCUGGAAAAGUUUAUUAUCAAGGGGUGCCAUUUAUUAAUAAAAAUUCCAAAUUUGUCAGACUCAAAACUUGUUGUGUACAUAAAAAUCCAAUAUUGUCGGAAGUUAUCUGAGAUUGAGAGCCUUGAGGGAUUGGACUCCCUGGAGGAACUGUCUAUAUCAUCUUGCCCAUCAUUGAGAAAGAUAAAACUUCCCAAAAAACUGAGGGUAUUAAAAAUUAAUUCAUGUGAGGAGUUAGCUGAGAUUGAGGGUCUUGAAGAUUUGGAAUCUUUGACAAGAUUUGAGUUCGGUAUCUGUGAAUCAAUCAUAAGAUUACCAGACUUAUUGCACUUGAAGACGUUGAAGCAUUUACAUAUGCGUGGCCUCAGAAACACAAUGCCACUAGAGAUUGGUUGCCUUGAGGGAUUGGAGUUAUUGGAAGAAUUAAAAAUUAGUGGAGGCCCAUUAUUGAAAAUAUUACCGGAUAUCUCAACCUUGAAGAACCUGAAACAUAUGGAACUUAAAAGGUGUGAUUGCAUGGAAAGCUUAUCUGAUCUAUCAAACUUAAACAAGUUAAACCAACUAUGGAUUGAGUAUUGUGGGAAAUUAACCGAGAUCCCAAGGGUUGACAGAUUGGAGUCCUUGGAAGUAUUACGAGUGGUUAGUUGCAAAUCAAUGGAAUCAUUACCAGAUUUGUCCAACUUAAAAAAACUACGGCAAUUACACAUCAAAGAUUGUGAGAAGUUAACUGAGAUUCAGGGAGUUGGUAGGUUGGAAUCAUUAGAAGAGUUGAAUGUUCGUGGGUGCAUUUCUAUUGAAACAUUACCAUGUCUAUCAAAGUUGAAGAACUUGAAGACUCUAUCAGCUGUCGACUGCAAGAAGUUAACCGAGGUCCAAGGUGCAGACGAAUUGGAAUCCUUAGAGGAGUUGAAUGUUCGUGGGUGCGUUUCUAUUGAAACAUUACCAUGUCUGUCAAACUUAAAGAAGUUGAAGAUUCUAUCAGUUGCCAACUGCAAGAAGUUAACCGAGAUUCAAGGUGUGGAUGGAUUGGAAUCCUUAGACUUGUUGAAUAUUCGUGGGUGCAUUUCUAUUGAAACAUUACCUUGUAAAUCAAAGUUAACGAAUUUGAAGAUUCUAUCAGCUGUCGACUGCAAGAAGUUAACCGAGGUCCAAGGUGCGGACGAAUUGGAAUCCUUAGAGGAGUUGAAUGUUCGUGGGUGCCUUUCUAUUGAAACAUUACCAUGUUUGUCAAAGUUAAAGAAGUUGAAGAUUCUAUCAGUUGCUGACUGCAAGAAGUUAACCGAGAUCCAAGGUGUGGACGAAUUGGAAUCCCUAGAGUUGUUGAAUAUUCGUGGGUGUGUUUCUAUUGAAACAUUACCAUGUCUAUCAAAGUUAAAGAAGUUAAAGAUUUUAUCAGCUGUCGGCUGCAAGAAGUUAACCGAGGUCCAAGGUGUGGACAAAUUGGAAUCCUUAGAGGAGUUGAAUGUUAGUGGGUGCAUUUCUAUUGAAACAAUACCAUGUCUGUCAAAAUUGAAGAACUUGAAGAUUCUAUCAGCUGUCGACUGCUUGAAGUCAUGAGAUACAAGGUGUGGA